GGUCGUACGAUUCCAAUCUCACAUGCUCGUCCCAACCUGAAUUUAUGCUUGACUGUCCGUGAACCAUUUGGUGUUUGUGGCAUCAUUACACCAUGGAACUAUCCACUUAUGAUGCUUUCAUGGAAAAUGUCCGCAUGUCUUGCUGCAGGAAACACAGUCGUUCUGAAACCGGCUCAGGUUUGUCCACUGACAGCACUCAAAUUUGCCGAGCUAACCGCACGAGCCGGUAUACCAGCAGGAGUGGUGAACAUUGUGACAGGGUCAGGCUCUGAGAUUGGACAGUGUCUUUGUGAUCAUCCAUCAGUCAGAAAAGUUGGCUUCACCGGUUCCACAGAAGUUGGAGCUCAAGUGAUGAGCAGUUGCGCAUGUUCAAACGUCAAGAAAGUUUCGCUAGAACUUGGUGGAAAAUCGCCACUUAUCAUUUUCCCAGAUGCGGAUUUGGAUCGUGCUGUGAAGCAGGCCUGUAAUGCGGUCUUUUUCAACAAG